CAUGGCAUUGGCACGGACGGACACUCAAGUUGCGAUCGUUCCAAUGGGUUUUGGGUCGUGGCUUUUGAAUUUCUGAUUUGAUUUUUCUGGCAUUCGCGGCCGAGUGAGUCGAGUCACAUUCAGAAUAUUUUGAACUCUGCAGCUCCAAAAUACAGAUAAAAGAGAUCAUCAGGCUGUAGAGGAGAAUGGCAGAAACUAUAUCUAGCUUCUGGGGUCCAGUCACAUGCACCAAAGAGUGUUGUGAACAAAAUUUUGCACAUUCGCCUUACAUUGCAGAAUUUUAUAACACAAUAUCCAAUAUUCCGACAAUUCUUUUGGCUCUGAUUGGUCUUAUAAAUGCAUUGAGUCAACGAUUUGAGAAAAGAUUUAGUGUUCUUCACAUAUCAAAUAUGACACUUGCCAUUGGAAGCAUGUUGUACCAUGCCACACUGCAACUUGUGCAACAGCAAAGCGAUGAAACUCCUAUGGUAUGGGAGGUGCUGCUGUAUAUGUACAUCCUCUACUCUCCAGAUUGGCACUACCGCAGUACAAUGCCCAUCUUCCUCUUUGUGUAUGGUGCUGUUUUUGCCAUUGCCCAUUAUGUGUUCCGUUUUGGUAUUGUCUUCAAAGUGCAUUAUGUCAUUCUCUGUCUCCUCUGCAUUCCGAGAAUGUACAAGUAUUAUAUGUACACUAAAGAUGUUUCUGCCAAGAGGCUCGCAAAGCUAUUUGUAGCUACUCUUGUUCUAGGCAGUUUGUUUUGGCUCUCUGAUCGAGUGUUCUGCAAGGAGAUAUCCAGUUGGCCUGUUAACCCACAGGGUCAUGCUAUGUGGCAUGUCUGCAUAGGCUUCAAUAUCUACUUCGGAAACACAUUUUUGAUGUUUUGCCGUGCUCAACAGCUUGGGUGGUCUCCAAAAGUUGUUCUUUUAAUGGGUGUUUUACCCUAUGUGAAGAUUGAGAAACCAAAAAGCCAGUGACAGAAAUUCGUGGAAAAAGAAAGAAGCUUCUUUGUCAUGAUAUAUUUUGGCGGGAUAAUAUGUUAGUAAACCAUCUGUGUCCUUAGAUUUUUUGCUUUUGUGGUUUAGAUUGGCUUAAAAAUGAUGAUUGAUUAUUUACAUAUCUGCUCUGGAAGUAGGACAUGUACAAUAUUUAUCCCAUCGAUACUUUCUUGAGCCUGGACCUUUCUUGGAUUUAAAAUUGUUAUGACAACCAAAAACUUAAUUUUGCUGUGCCGGAUGUUGUUGGGUUCCCCAGUGAAAUCAAUCCUCACAAUUCUACUUGUAAUGUCUUGUGUAACUCGA